GCCUCGACUAGCUCUGUUCCAUCGCACCGGAGAUGGCCGGGGCAACCUCGUCGGUGGUUCCCGCUCUCGUCAUCUGCUUUCUGUCGCUCGUCCUUUUGCUGCACAGGUGCCGGAUCUGUGGGGCUGUGGAUAGAGAGAGGACGCUGGCGAUGAUCAAGCCGGAUGGUUUGUCUGGUAACUACACCGACAAAAUCAAGGAGGCCAUCUUGGAGUCUGGAUUUGACAUCAUCCAAGAGGCUGUCGUCCUGCUGGAUGCAGAGAGGGCAUCCCUCUUCUAUGCUGAGCAUGCCGAGAGAAGCUUCUUCGACAGCCUAUUGAAGUAUAUGACGAGUGGUCCAGUUCAUGCUAUGGUUCUGGAAAGACAUGAUGCGGUCUCACACUGGCGAGCUUUGAUAGGGCCAACUGAUGCAACAAAGGCUAAAGCUUCACAUCCUAACAGCAUUAGAGCAAUGUGUGGAUUGGACUCUGAAAAAAACUGCGUGCAUGGCUCAGAUUCACUGCAUUCUGCAGCCAGAGAAAUUUCAUUUUUCUUCAGAGAUGCUAAAUCUGAAACCGUGGAACAUGACGAGCUGUAGACAAUAGAGGUGUGUCCUCCAGAGGCAUGUAACUUUGAAAGUUUGAGCGGCCCUUCAAACUGUUAAUCGAUGAAAACUUCUGUGCAUCAAAAUGAGGCUAGUCCACAUCAAACUUCUCCACUUGGUAGCUUCAUGUCUACAGACUGGUUGCCUAAAGCUACGAAGUUGAAAUCACCAUGAAGAAUCUUUUUCGAGCAUCCCCAUCCAUCUGAUUGAAGUGCCCCCCAUGAAAAAUGUAAUCGGCUGUACUAGAUUCUAUGCAUUUAGUAUUAAUGCUGAGCGGCUUGAUCAUUACAGUGUUGUUUAUCAAAUACUGUCACUUGUUGGUGCUCAGAAUGCAAGUCCAGAUGCCAUUUGCUGAAAAUAACAUGCUUCAGUACCAUCAAAUUAUCUCUGCUGUAGAUUAUCCAAGGGUACUAUUUUACCUUGUCCUCAUUGAUAGUACUGAAAAUAAGUGAACUAGUAUGAGUGUAUGACCUG